UCAAAUAUUGAAGCUUACAAAAUUUUGCCCACUGUUAACUUAAAAAUACGAGCGAAUAUCAAUCUUGACAAUGAUUGCGUUUCCUAUAUAAACCAAUUACAAAUGGUCAACUAUGCUUUAAAGCUCAAACUUUUAUAUUAUGAAAAUUUUCUUGUAAAAACGGAUGGGAAGUGGGAGAAUAGAGAUUUUCUGGUUCAAGAAAAUGUCAUCCUAAAGCGCAUUAGAUCUAGAAUUAAAGGAGAAGUAGGUCGGCUUUUUGAGCUGACCGCGAGCGAUCGUAGCAGAGGAUGCAGCUAUGAUGAAGUAAAAGAGGUUUACGACGUUGUAUUUAUGCAUCAAGAUGAAAUCUACUCGACUCUGUGGGAACAGCCAAAUCCCGCUGGGAGUGCCUGCAAAUCGACUAGCUUAGAAAGGGCAGAGUCUUUCCUGUCUCCUACGGAGCAUCCGGAUUUUGCCUACAAAGAGGAAAUUAACAAGUUGACUAAAAAAAUUGAUUAUUUGCGGGAAAAGCUUUUCUUCUACGAAGAAAAAGAAAGGAAGGAUGGCGAUUAUUUAAGGAAGUACGACGAGCUUGAGGCUCUUUACAGCAGUACGAAAGCUAAAUUAUACGAAAUGGAGGACGAAAAUGCUCUUCUGAAAACUCGUUUCACUGCACUGUCCGUUGAAGUUAAAGAAGCCAAGUGUUCUUAUCAAGAGGCUCGUGAGCACAACGACGCUCUGCUGAAAAACAUUAAGCGAUUGGCAAACAGAAAACAUUGGGCGCUUCUGCAUGAGCUCAGAGGCCGGUUUCCUAAUGUCCACUUGCAAUCGUUUAAAAGUGGUUUAGAAGGAAAUAAAAACAAUACUGCACUAUUAAGGAAGACUUUUCCCACAAUGACACAUAAAGUUGAAGAAAACGGGACUGCUGCUAAUAAAUCUGACAGUGCGCGAGAACAAGAUGAGGAGGCUCCGGGUAUUAUAGUUACCAACAGCGUAAGAGAUGUAGAAAAAAGGAAAAUAGGUCUAAGUAAAAACAGUAAAAAUAAAAAAAAUUAUUUAUAUCUUAAUUGAAGCGCUUAAAGAUCCUCGUUAGUUUUUAUUAAUUCUAUUAAUUACUAUAAUACUUCGUUAAGAACACUACACUCAUUUCACCUUUUUUACACUCUCUAUGUGUAUUGUGCCUCACUUUAACAGCCAGCACCACGCACACAGCCAUUGUGGAAGACUUUCCGCAGAAUGUUUCUCCUUCUAACUCCGGGUUAAGCCUAGAUUUUGAGGAGGAACAAAAUGCAGAUUUGUAUACUAGAUAUGUUUAAAUGGGAAAGAGGUUGCCGCGAAGAGUGCUUCAGAAGAGAAUUCUAAAUGGUCACUCCGUGAUAAAAAUUCCGAAGCUGUAAGAGAGAGUACAGAACAACUGAAGCAAGAGAUACUUGCAAAAAAGUCCACAAUUGAGAUGCUCACAAAAGUUAAUCUUCACUUUUUCUCCCAGCUGGAAGCGCUUCAUAAAAAAGGACAUACGAAUAAUUCUCAGGAGAAGUUGACUUGUUCUGGCACUAACAAGAAGGUUAGGAAAAAAGAACUUUCAGAAGUGGUUGCAAAAAAUCUAGAAAAUGCUAAAACUCUUAUGACAAGCCAGCAGGCGCUUAUUGACGAUUAUGAACAUUUUAUUAUUGAUUUUACUGAAGAAUUUCAGGAAUUAAAGACUAACUUGCAAAGAUGUUAUGAAUUCUUAAAGCCAUCCGAAGAAGUGAAGGCAAGUCAGCAAUCACAGUAUAAUUACUUUUAUAAGCAAAUAGAGAACUACGAAAAGAUGUUUGAAAAUCUUAAGAACCUUGAAAUACAGAACCGAGAGAACACGAGUGAACUAGAAGUUAACUUGCAGAAAUGCGAAGAAGAGAACUUGCAAAUGUCAUAUAAAGUAGAGACCCUCUCUGAGUUGUGCACUGCAAUAAGUGAAGAGAAAGAGAAACUGAAGAGCUUUUAUAAAGAACUUAUAAACGUUAAUAAACACUUAACAAAUGAACUAGAAUGGCGUAAGAAAGAGUAUGAGCAACACGAGGAGAGAUACACUAAUCACAUUGAGGAGCUGCAGAAGACCAUAGCCUUCCUUAAUUGCGAGCUGGAGAAAAGUAAAGACGAGUACGAGCAGCAAAAAAAAGACCACGCAAGAAUUAGUACCAAUUUAGCUGAAGAGUUUAAAAGGCGACAGAAAGAACAUAUCCUCCAACUAAAUUUGUAUUUAAAGUGGAUUUUAUCUGUGCAAGAGAUGCUUUCCCAGCAGAAUA